AUAAGAUAUAAUGUAUGCAUAUAGUGAUAAUCGGCUUUGAACAUGUUUCAAAGUAAACAAACACAAGGAUAAAAGAAAGUUAAAAUUUUUCAGGUGAAUGAUACACUUGCAAAGCGACAAAAAAUUAUUAACAUGAUAAAAGCGGUGCUUCGAUAAGGAAGUUAAUAGUUUUCAAGGAAUCCGUCCUAUUAAUUUAUCGAUCAUCGGAAUAGGAAGCAAAUUAGUUUUUUUUAAAAUAAAUCUCUCGAUUAAACUCAAUCUUGUGUACUGAAAAUUAGUUGUUAGAAGUUGUUAAAACUUGGACGAAAUACUUACGUAAAGAUGAGUUCCUUGCUUGUUGCGGCUAUUGACUUUGGGACAACGUACUCGGGAUGGGUGUUUUCCUUUAAACACGAAUUCGAACGAGAUCCUACAAAAAUAUCUGCAAAAAAUUGGACUGGAGGUCAACUUGUGUCACAAAAAGGGCCAACAUGCGUUCUAAUUAAUCCGGACGGUAAAACGUUGGACUCUUUCGGAUAUGAGGCUGAGAGCAAGUAUGGGGAGCUGGCUCUAGAUAAACAUCACAAGCAAUGGUUCUUUUUCAAACGAUUCAAGAUGAGCCUUUUUGGAAGAAUAGGCAUAGAACGAAACAUUAUGAUUGAAGAUGCAAGUGGUAAAAAACUAAAAGCAAAGACUGUGUUUGCUUUGUCAAUCAAAUACCUUAAAGAUGACCUGAUGGAAAUGUCAAAAAAACGCAUUGCUGAUGAUGGAAUAAGAAACAGUGACAUUCAUUGGGUAUUGACUGUUCCAGCUAUUUGGAAUGAUGCCGCCAAGCAGUUUAUGAGAGAGGCCGCUGAAGAAGCUGGUAUAUCGAAGGAGGGACUGACUAUUGCACUAGAACCUGAGACAGCUUCUUUGUUUUGCCGACAUCUUCCGGUUGAGAAAAGUCUAGGCCGGGACAAAGUGUCAUUGGCUAAGUUUCAAGCAGGGAAGAAGUAUCUGGUACUGGAUGCUGGCGGCGGAACAAUAGACAUUACCAUUCAUGAAGUAUUGAGAAACGUGAAUCUUAAAGAACUUCACAAGGCAAGUGGUGGAGCAAGGGGUGGAACCAAGGUCGAUGAAGCUUUUGAAGCCUUUCUGUCAGAGAUAAUUGGUCCGAGAGGGAUAACAAAAUUCAGAGAAGAUCACAUGGAAGAUUACAUAGAUAUGUUCAGAGAUUUUGAAAUAAAAAAGAGAGACAUAGCUCCAAGUAAGAAUGCAAAAAUCACUAUGAGAAUUCCAAUUACACUUGUUGAUAUAGCAAACGUAAAAAGUGGUAGACCUAUGAAAGAGUGUAUCGCAAAAUCAAGGUAUAGAGAAAAGUUGGUUCUAACUGGAGACAAAAUUAGGAUGGACGCUGAUGUUAUGAAAGGUUUCUUCGAAAUCCCACUCCGGAGUAUACUCGAUCACGUGGAAAAACUACUGGCCGAACCACGAGUUACCAGUUGCUCGGCAAUAGUUAUGGUUGGUGGCUUUUCUGAGUCUCCAAUGCUGCAGGAACAUAUUCAAGAACAUUUUCCAGACAUGAAGAUCAUCAUUCCAGAAGAGGCUGGUUUGGCUGUCUUAAAAGGAGCUGUUAUAUUUGGUCACAACCCUACAACUAUUGCCGAGAGAGUUUGUAAAUUUACUUACGGCGUAGAAUCUACUCAUCUCACCACGGCUAACUGCACUCAUCCGAAGUUAAACACAGCACUUGACGAUAACGGUGACAUGAGAUGCUUUGAUAAUUUCAUAAUUCAUGUUAAGGUAGGUCAGUCUGUAAAGCUUGGCGAAGAGCAAGCAGAACAUAUUUCAAAUCCUGUUUAUGACACACAAACAUCAAUUGAUUUUGGUAUAUAUGCUUCUUCAAAACCAAAUCCUGUUUUCGUUACGGAUCCAGAUUGCAGCAAAAUUGGUUCAAUCUGUAUUCCUAUUCCCGACACGUCUUUAGGCAGAUUAAGAAAAUUUGGAACAACAUUUUUAUUUGGAGGCACAGAGAUUGAAGUAAAAGUUGUUGACAAAGCAACUCAUAAAGUUACAAAAAAAUCUGUAGAUUUUCUUGGUUGAAUUUAAUUAUAUAUAUACGAGUUUGUAAAGACAACAUGCUGAGGCAUGCAAGCAUUUGCUUUAAAAGCAAUAGCAGAUUUUUAAACUGGCGAUAACUAUGCCUGUGCUGUUCUUUAUACAUGUAUUAUUGAUUCUUAUUAUCAACUGUCAUUGAACAAAUGUGUUUAGACACAUGCUGAAAAGAUAUAUCAAAAUCACCUUUGACAAAGACUUCUUGAUUAUGAUGUAGAUGUCUUAAACGGAAUGGACACUUUUUGAUCGACUUUAUGUUCCAAAUGUAUAGUAUGGUUUGAAACAUUUGUUUUUUUUAACACCAAAGAUAUUGCUGUUUGGUUAGGUAAGAUAAAUUUCCAAUAGCAUCUUAUGCAGUUAUCAUAAUUUAUUUAAUGCAACUUCUAUGCUUUCACAAUGCUGAGUAAUAAUGAAACAAAAUGUACCAUUUAAUCAUGCUUUGUAACCUGUAAUAAUCAUGUUGUAUAUGAUUUAGCCAAUGCCAUUGAAUGUAUUCAUUGUGUAUAUUUCAAGUAAAUGUCAACAUGAAAGGGUUCUUUAAUGUUGCUAUCAAAAUAUGGUUCCACUGUAUAUAUAGAGGAUAAUCAAGCUUUUUCUAAAAAUACAGGAUUUGUUUUCAUCGAGUGGUAUGAAAGUGAAUAUUUCAUGUGUGGCAGUAGACACAAGAAAAAUAUCAUAAUUGUCAUACAACAAGAUGAAAACAAAUUCUGUAUUUAUAGAGAAACUUGAAUUCUCAGUUUAUUUUAU